AUGCACAAAUUCAGAGCCCUUUUAGCACGAGAGUAUACCGAGGUUGGUUUAGAUGCAACAUCGCUAGAUCCCUUCUCGACCUCUCUGUUUCCGGACGGCGUUGAAGUCUUACAUGACUGUCCCAAUGCGGACUACGAUAUUUGCUUUGUCCACGGCCUAACCGGAGAUCGCCGCACCACCUGGACAGCGGAUCACCAGUCGGCUCCCUGGCCGCAAACGCUACUCCCUUCCCACAUUAGGCGAGCUCGAAUAUUGACCUAUGGCUAUGACGCCUAUAUUGUCCGAAAAUCUGCCGCCUCAUCGAAUCGGUUGAUUGAUCAUGCUACGAAUCUUCUUCAUGACUUGACAGCUGACAGAGCUUCUUGUGAUGCGUCGUCGCGACCGCUAAUAUUCGUCGCUCAUAGCCUAGGAGGUCUUGUCUGCAAGAAAGCUAUUCUCCUUUCCCGAAAUGACCCUGAGCGCCAUCUUCGGGGCAUUUUUAAUUCCACGCGGGGUAUCAUAUUUAUGGGGACGCCUCACAAAGGUGCUUGGAUGGCGGACUGGGCCAGAAUAUCCGCUUCAGCUUUAGGGUUGGUGAAGUCGACCAACAAGUCCCUGCUAGCUGUUUUAGGAACAAAUAACCAGAUGCUUGAGUCUCUGCAGGUUGACUUCUUAGCAAUGGUACGCAAAUUGCGCGAAGACGGCAGGGGUCUUGAAGUGACUUCCUUUUUCGAAGAGCUACCCCUGCCAGUGGUGGGAAAGAUAGUCUGCAAGGAAUCGGCUACUCUUGAUGGGUAUAGCUCGAUCAGUCUCCACGCCAAUCAUAGAGAUAUGGUAAAGUUCGGCUCGCCGAAAGAGAAUGGAUACAAGCGGUUGCUUGGUGAGAUUCAGAGAUGGGAAUCGCGCAUUAACAGUUGUAUGGAGUCAUCAGCCGCCAGGACGGAUGCAAGUGCAAACCCCAAUCUCGCUAGUGAGGUAGAUAUUCCAGCACCCGAGAGAACUCAGAGCCAGUCGUCUGUAAGAGGAAGUGGUUCAACCUAUCUGUUCCACAACUCCGGUCGAGGCUGGAUCAACGCAAACACUGGAACAGGCACUCAGGUUAACAAUAACGGGAAAGGAAAUCAGUUCAAUGGGCCUGUCCACAGCCUUGUAGUUGCUCCAGCGCAUUCAAGCAACUCUCGCUAAAGGUAAACGGCUACCCUUGUGGACACACCGACGUUGAAUCUAGCCAAGAUUGCUUUGAUAGGUUUUAUUGCUCAUGCCACUUCCAUGUGCGUCUGCUGCACCAAAUGACACUAUACUCAUCUCUUCCGAGAGAGUUAGAGAAAUUCCUUCCAAAGCUUCGAACAUAGACCACCCAUUCCGGGACAAUGGAGGAAGCUUAAAAGGUUGAAUCUUGUUAGUCCCUGGCUUAGCUUCAUCCUGUUUCUCGGGUGACAAGGAGAAGUAACUAUUGGGUGAGGUGGAGCCAUUUUCUAAAACCAAUCAAACAAAGCGACAGGAUUAUGGCCUAGUUCGUAGUCCUAUGGGCUUGCCCCACACCACACGAUUGUGUCAACUCUCAUUCGU